AUGCAUGAUGAGGCGUGUGCGCACUACACGGACAUGGUGCAUCAGAUGUCCAUGGGGCACCGCUUCCUCAUGGCCACAUUCAACGUCACCCCGCGCAUCGCCUGGCAGAUCGACCCCUUCGGCCACUCCGCUACUCAAGCCAGCCUCAUAACCGCCCAGUUCACCAUCUUCUCCCCCACCUCUUCCACCUGUCCUGCCUCAACGCCUUUCAACCUUUCCUCCCAACCCCCCUCUCAGGUGCUGGGCAUGGUCCCCUAUGACGACAGAUACUACUCGCCCUCUCAGUUCUCACCCUCUCUCUUGUCCCAUCGUCUAUCCAUCCUCCUGCUGCUCCACCCAACAUUCAUCCCACACCCCCUCUCAGGUGCUAGGAAUGCUCUCCUACGACGGCUACUACUCACCGCCUCCUCUCCUCAGAUCCGCUACCAAGACACAGACGACGAUCCUACCAACCACUCCCCACGCCACCCCUCUCCACCCCUCUCCCAGGUGCUGGGAAUGGUGUCCUAUGACGGCUACUACUCGCCCCCUCAGUUCCGCUACCAGGACUCAGACGAUCCUUCCUACCGCAUUCAGGACAAUCCCUAUGGAGGGUCUCCCAACGUGCAGCGCCUUGUGGACGAGUUCGUCACAGAAGUGACCAAGAGGCGCCUCUCACCUCUCGCCCCAACUAUCCUGAUUACGGCACAGCACUUCCCACUGGACGGCACAGCACUUCCCACUGGACGGCACAGCACUUCCCACUGGACGGCACAGCACUUCCCAAUGGACGGCACAGCACUUCCCACUGGACGGCACAGCACUUCCCACUGGACGGCACAGCACUUCCCACUGGAUGGCACAGCACUUCCCACUGGACGGCACAGCACUUCCCACUGGACGGCACAGCACUUCCCACUGGACGGCACAGCACUUCCCACUGGACGGCACAGCACUUCCCACUGGACGGCACAGCACUUCCCACUGGAUGGCACAGCACUUCCCACUGGACGGCACAGCACUUCCCUCUGGACGGCACUGCACUUCCCACUGGACGGCACAGCACUUCCCACUGGACGGCACAGCACUUCCCACUGGACGGCACAGCACUUCCCACUGGACGGCACAGCACUUCCCACUGGACGGCACAGCACUUCCCUCUGGACGGCACAGCACUUCCCACUGGACGGCACAGCACUUCCCACUGGACUGGACGGCACAGCACUUCCCUCUGGACGGCACAGCACUUCCCACUGGACAGCACAGCACUUCCCACUGGACGGCACAGCACUUCCUACUGGACAGCACAGCACUUCCCACUGGACGGCACAGCACUUCCCACUGGACGCGCUGGGCCAUGGCGCAACCCAUUCUCUCUCUUUAAUUUUCACAUACCCCCAACCACCCCACUUACCCUGCCCCUAUCAGGACAGUGGGCCCUACUGGUCGGGCUACUUCAGCAGCCGCCCCUCCCUGAAGCUCCUCACACGCUCCUGCAGCGCCCUCCUGCUGGCCACCACAGCAGCAGAGGCAGCAGUGGGCAAGCAAGCACUGCAGGCAUGGGGCGUGGCGACUGGGCGCAUGAUGGUACUAGAACACCUUGUGCUGGACCCACACCUGGGGGAGAGGACGAGCGACAGCCACGAGGAGCAGAAGCAGGCGGAUGGGGGGGAGAGUGCUCGAGGGGUGGAGAGUGCGAUAGGGGCAGAGGGGAUGAGGGUGGGGUGGGAGGCCGGGCAACGGGUGCGAGUGGCGAGCUCGUUCCGGCUGGAGGAGGCAGUGGCAGUGGUGCUGCACCAUGAUGGCAUCACAGGCACGGCCCAGCAGCAUUCCCCUCAGUGCAUGGCGAAUGGACUGGAGGAGGUAGUGGCAGUGGUGAUGCAGCACCAUGACGGCAUCACAGGCAUGGUGCAUCAGCACGCCACUGAUGACUACUCUUCCAGAUUUCACUGUGCUUCUGAGGAGGUAGGGCUGGUUGGGGCUGAGGCAUCAGCCGUGCUGACAACAGCACUGGCGCACCUCAUCACACGAGGCACCAUCCCCCCUUCCCCAUCCGUACCUCCACCUCCCUCCGACCUCUCCUCCAACCUCUCCUCGCGGGCAGCAGCAGCUGUGGAGCUCACAUUCAAGGAGGACUCCGUAGAGCAGCGCGGGUGGGGGUUCUGGAACCAAUUACCAGAUGGGGCAGAGGAGGGGAACGAGGAGGAUGCUGGGGAUGAGGAGGAUGAGGGGGAUGAGGGGGACGAAGAGGGUAAGGCACACAAGUUGGACAAGAUCAAUGAGUUAUUGUAUGAGGCAGAUAGAGCAGGUGCAGCGGAUGAGGGGGAUGAGGGGGAUGAGAAGGCAGGAGUGGGAGAUGGUGGGAGGAAGCAUGCAACAAGGUCCCGUGCGAAGAACAGGGUCCCUGACAAGGAGGAGGGGGAGACAACAAGCGACCCCAACGAGGUGUUUGACCCUCAGGCAUUGCAGCCAGCGGGCCCUCAAGCGGUCCAGUAUGGAGCUGCUGGCCCUGAAGUGGUUCAAAACGGUGCUGCUGGCCCUGAAGUGGUUCAGAGCGGUGCUGCUGGGAAGGUGGCUGGGUCUGAUGGGAGCAAUGCACGCCCUGCUGCUGACGGCACACGCGCCGAUGAGAGGAGAGGGCAGGAGGUGUCAUCUCCUUACCUCCUAGUCACCGACGCCUCUGGCACCCCCAUCCCCUCUCAAAUACUCCGAGAGACCCUCCUCUCCCCCUCCGCCCGCUCCACCUACAUUGCUGCUUACACCGGCGUGGGGAAUAUACUAGGAGAGGUGGAGGGGGAGGAGGAAGGGGUGGAGGGAUGGGAAGGAGGGGAGGAGGGAGGGGAGGAGGGGGGGAAUGGGGAGGAGGAGGGAGGGGAGGGAGAGGAGGAGGAGGAUUGGGCGGAUUAUGGGGAUGGGCGAGGGCCACUGCAGAUCCAUAAGCAGAAAAUGAAGCAUCGGGAGAGGCAGACUAAGGAGCAGACGGGGGGAGAACAGAAGGAGGGAGAGCAGAAAGAGGGAGAGCAGCAGCAGCAGCAGCAGCAGCAGUGCUGUCGCUUGUGUUCAAUGCAGAGGUGCCGCCUCUUGGAUUCGCCACCUUCUUUGUCUCGCCAGCAACCCAAGGUACAGCACCUAACAGCUGCUAUGCUGGCGUAUGAGAGUGCUGCAUGGAGCAACACCGUUGAUGCUGCAGCAGCAGCACCGCCAGCAGCAGCAGCAGCAGCAGCAGCACAGUCCGUGACAACACCGCCGACUGAGGCGGCACCAGCAGCUGGUGCAGCAGGAGGAUUUGGCGCAGAAGCUGCAGCAGCCCAGGCAGGGGCAGCUGAGAAGCAACCAGGCAAAGCGGGGAGGGGGAGGAAGACGAGAGGCCGGAGGAUGGUGGUGAGCGGUGAAGAGGAGGGAGGGAUGAACGGCGAGGAGAAGAGAGGGAGGGAAGAGGGGAGCAGGGGGGGAGGAAGCAGGAGGAGGUUGCAGGGCGGUGGGGGAAUGGAGGCGGGCAAGACGGGUGGGGGAGAAAGAGUCAAAAGGGGGGGAGGAGUGAGCGGGCAGAAAGAAGAUGAUACUGUUGUGCUGGGAGGGUGGCAAGGUGUGGGGGACACUCGUAGUAGUGCUGCUGCUGGUGUGGACAGGGACGGUGGGGAGCGGGCGGCGUUGCGUGUCUCGUUCUCCAAGUCAGCGGUGGGCAUGCAGCGUAUGGAGCUGGUCUCUCGGAGUGCGAAUGGCCCAGAGGAGAUCGUGGUUCCCAUUCACAUCCAGCGUGGACCAAUCGUGGAGGAGUUCAGUCGCCAGGUCGCUCCAUGGAUCUCCGAGGUGUUCAGAGUGUAUCCAGGGCAGGACUACGCUGAGCUGCACUAUUCCGUGGGUCCACUGCCCUCAAAGCGCCCCAACCACGAGGUGGUGACUCGAUUCGUGUCACCCAUCAACAGCAGCAGGGCCUUUUAUUCUGACUCCAAUGGCCGCAGCUACCUCAAGCGGGAUUCCACCAUCCCCGCCAUCCCCACCAUCCUUUUUCAGGUGGUGGACUACCGGUCUGACUGGCCCUUCAAUGUCACCGACCCCAUCCCAUUCGUACCCUCUCCCUUCUCCGUGCUGUCUCCCUUCACCAUGCUGUCUCCCUUCACCAUGCUGUCUCCCUUCACCUUGCUGUCUCCCUUCACCAUGCUGUCUCCCUUCACCAUGCUGUCUCCCUUCACCAUGCUGUCUCCCUUCACCAUGCUGUCUCCCUUCACCAUCCCAACAUCCCACCAUCCCUCCACCCCAUCGUUCAGGUGGUGGACUACAGGACUGACUGGGAGCUCAAUGUCACCGACCCCAUCGCAGGGAACUACUAUCCGGUGA